GCUCAAACUAACCCUCAUUUCCUCUUCUAUAAAACCUCCCUUUCCCUUCUCUCCUUCAUUUCACCUCCUCUCUCUCGCUCUCUGUAUCUCUUCGUCCUCUCUCUGCAUCUCUGACUGAAAUUCAAAGCUCUCGCCUUUUUUAACGAUACCGAGCAAUAAUGCGUGAGAUCCUUCACGUUCAAGGGGGGCAAUGCGGCAACCAAAUCGGAGCCAAGUUCUGGGAAGUUGUAUGCGCCGAGCACGGCAUAGAUUCUACUGGUCGCUACCAAGGCGAUUCAGAUCUUCAACUUGAAAGAAUCAAUGUCUACUACAAUGAGGCCAGUUGCGGUCGCUUUGUCCCUCGUGCUGUACUCAUGGAUUUGGAACCCGGUACCAUGGACAGCAUCAGAUCUGGAACUUAUGGUCAGAUUUUUAGGCCUGAUAACUUCGUCUUCGGCCAGUCUGGUGCUGGUAAUAACUGGGCCAAAGGACACUACACUGAAGGUGCAGAGCUUAUUGAUUCUGUUCUUGAUGUCGUUCGAAAGGAGGCUGAGAAUUGUGACUGCCUGCAAGGGUUCCAGGUGUGCCAUUCUCUUGGAGGUGGUACCGGAUCUGGAAUGGGGACGCUCUUGAUUUCCAAAAUUAGGGAAGAGUACCCAGAUAGGAUGAUGAUGACUUUCUCUGUGUUCCCAUCUCCCAAGGUCUCUGAUACAGUUGUGGAGCCUUACAAUGCCACUUUGUCUGUCCAUCAGCUUGUGGAAAAUGCAGAUGAGUGCAUGGUUCUUGACAAUGAGGCCUUGUAUGACAUUUGCUUCCGGACACUGAAGCUCACCACUCCCAGUUUCGGUGACUUGAAUCACUUGAUAUCUGCAACCAUGUCUGGAGUUACAUGCUGCUUGAGGUUCCCUGGCCAGUUGAACUCAGAUCUCAGAAAGCUUGCAGUGAACCUCAUUCCAUUCCCACGUCUUCACUUCUUCAUGGUGGGUUUUGCCCCUCUUACUUCGCGUGGGUCACAGCAGUACCGAGCUCUAACUGUUCCUGAGCUCACUCAGCAAAUGUGGGAUGCAAAGAACAUGAUGUGCGCAGCUGACCCAAGACAUGGUCGUUAUUUGACAGCCUCAGCUAUGUUCCGUGGCAAGAUGAGUACAAAGGAAGUUGAUGAGCAGAUGCUGAAUGUGCAGAACAAGAACUCUUCGUACUUUGUGGAGUGGAUUCCAAACAAUGUGAAAUCAACUGUUUGUGAUAUCCCGCCUACAGGUUUUAAGAUGGCAGCCACAUUUAUUGGCAAUUCCACAUCCAUACAGGAGAUGUUUAGGCGUGUGAGCGAGCAAUUCACAGCCAUGUUUAGGAGGAAGGCUUUCUUGCAUUGGUAUACUGGGGAAGGGAUGGAUGAGAUGGAGUUCACCGAGGCUGAGAGCAACAUGAAUGAUCUGGUUUCAGAGUAUCAGCAAUACCAAGAUGCAACAGCAGAUGAAGAAGGCUAUGAGGAUGAGGAGGGAGAAUAUCAGGAACAAUACGAGUAGAUUUCUUUUGGACUUCCAACUUUUUGCUUGUUUCUUUUAGUAGGAUAGAAAUGAAGAAACAUUAACUGGAUGUAGUUUCCUGUUUAUUCAGUAGUAAAAUUUCCUCCUUUGCUUGUUCA